AUGAGCUCGACGGAUUUUAGUGCACUGGUCAAUCUGAGGAUUCUGGGUCUCAUGGAUGUCACCCUGACUAUCCCAACUAUACCGGAUGAGACUGAGGAUAGGAGAGUUCGUACUUCCGGCACCCUGGCCGGUUCGAUGGCGUACGGUAUGGCUGAUACACUCGGUCGCAACGAGCAUCUCUCCAUCAUCGACCUUGUCGUCCCGCGGUUCAACUCCAACGAGUCAGAGACGGUUCUAGGGAUGUUUGACGGGCAAGCAGCGACGAGCGGCGGCUCAAAGGUGGCGAAAUACCUGCAUGAGAACUUUGUGCGCAUCUUCAGCGACGAGGUCAAGAUGCUUAACCCCGCUAUCCACGACACGCCUGUUGAUGCGCUGCGAAGAGCGUUCUUGUCGCUUAACAAAGAGCUCGCGUCCGGCGCGACGCAGUUUGUGGAGGAUCGCUCGCUGCUUUCUCAUCGAGGGUCUUCGCCCCCCGCAGUGCUCACCCAGGCGGAUUUGAAUUCCGGCGGCGUGGCGACGGUGAUGUUCCUAGAGCAGAUGGAACUCUACGUCGCCAACGUCGGGGACGCACAAGCGAUGCUCAUCCAAUCCGACGGCAGCCACCGCAUCCUAACUCGCAAACACGACCCCGCCGAGCCGAGCGAGCGACAACGAAUCCGCGACGCUGGCGGCUGGGUCUCUCGCCAGGGGAAGCUAAAUGAUAUUAUUGGAGUAUCUAGGGCGUUCGGAUACGUCCAGCUCUUACCUGCUGUCCAGGCCGCGCCGCAUAUCACGCAGAUCACGCUCAAGGAGCAGGACGAGAUGGUGAUGAUCGCCUCGAGCGAGCUCUGGGAGUACCUCUCCCCCGAGCUCGUCGUCGACGUCGCGCGGUCCGAGCGCAACGACCUGGUGCGCGCUGCGCAGCGGCUGCGCGAUCUCGCGAUGGCGUUUGGGGCGACGGGGAAGAUUAUGGUGAUGAUGAUGGGGGUGACCGACCGGAAGCGGAGGGAUCGGAUUAGGAUGAAUAGAGGCCCGAGUAUGACCUUGGGCCCGACGAGCGUCCUAGAUGAUGUGUACCUCCCCAAUAAGCGGAUUAAGCGCACCAAGGAGGCGGUGGAGGAUUCGAUGCUGCGGCGGCUGGAGGCGGAGGUGCAGGCGCCGGUGGGGGAGAUUAGUAUAGUCUUUACGGAUAUCAAGGGGUCGACUGCGCUGUGGGAGAAUAAUCAGAGUGCGAUGAGGUCGGCGAUCCGGCUGCAUAAUGAGGUGAUGCGGAGGCAGCUGAGGAUUAUUGGGGGGUAUGAGGUUAAGACUGAGGGGGACGCUUUUAUGGUCUCCUUCCCCACCGCGACGUCGGCGCUGCUGUGGUGUUUUUCGGUACAGGCGCAGUUGCUGGAGAUUCAGUGGCCGUCGGAGAUUCUGAAUCACUCGAUUGGGAAGGAGGUUAUUGAUGCGGACAACAACCUCAUCUUCCGCGGCCUCUCGGUGCGGAUGGGCGUGCACUUCGGCACCCCCGUCUGCGAACACGACCCCGUCACGCGGCGGAUGGAUUACUUCGGACCCAUGGUCAACAAAACAUCCCGCAUCUCUUCCACCGCGGACGGCGGGCAGAUCGCCGUCUCGGCGGACUUCAUAUCGGAGAUCCAGCGGUGUUUGGAGAAUUACAGCGAGACGGAGCGGGCGGGGCCGACGGCGGCGGGGGGGGUGGAAGGGGAGAUGGAGGAUCCGGCUGUGGAGAGUAUUAGGCGGGAGUUGAGGAGUUUGUCGAGUCAGGGGUUUGAUGUUAAGCCGAUGGGGGAGAGGAAGUUGAAGGGCUUGGAGAAUCCGGAGUAUAUCUAUUUGAUGUACCCGCAUUCCCUAGCGGGGCGGAUUACGCAUCAGCCGUUGCUUGGCUGUGACAUUGCUGAGGCUGCGGCGACGAAACUUAAAGAGGAUGCGGGCAGGGGGGGAGGGGAGGACCUGCAAUUGAGUUUUGAGCCGAAGGGGGGUCUGAGUAUUGACCCAGACUCGAUCUGGGCGCUGUGGAGGACGAGUCUGAGGCUGGAGAUGAUAUGCGAUGGGUUUGAGGAUGGGGUGUCGAAGCCGUUGUAUGGGCCCCAGAUGGAGCUGGUGGAGAAGCUGGCGGGGAGGGGGAGUGAUAUGACGGAUGAGUUGCUCUUGGGGUUUAUGCGGAAUUUGCUGUUGAGGGUUGAGGCCUGCAUCGCGAACGUCUCCCUCCGCCGCGGCGUCACGGCAGCGCAGAAUCACGUGCCGGCGGGCGCGGUGACGGAUUUCAAGAGGUACAUCCGGCCGUUUGAUGAGGUGCUGAAUGCGGUGGCGGAGCAGCAGAGGUUGGUGGAGAGGUAUCGGGAGAGGUUUGGGGAAUUGGAGGGGGUGGUGGAGGGGGUAAGGGUGAAGGGGCUGGUGGAGGGGGAAGGGGUGAAGGGGGUGGUGGAGGAGGUUGAGUGA